AUGAAUCACACCAUGACUACAGAAGGACAGCAGAUCAAUGAUUCACACAUUUCUAACCACUGGCUGUGAAUAGAGGAAUAGUUAUGUUUGAGGUAUUUAUCAUGACUUUUGUCUUUCUAAUGAGUUACUUUACUGUAUGUAGACUGAAUGCUGUUAUAUUGGUUUAAAUAUUAAAGCAUUUAAAUCUGUGAGAAAAUGUAAUGCAUCAUAACACUGUAGUGCACCUGAAAAUAUAAUUACUACUAUGAUGAACUCUACACAGGUUUCAUAUUUCACACUUGCUGCCUACUUUGACACUGGACUGUUAAAAUACUUAUAUUUCAUGAUUCUCACAUUGUUAUAUGUUUUAAUUCUUUGUGCCAAUGUGUUGCUGAUUGUGAUUAUCUGUAUGAACAGAAGUUUACAUGAACCUAUGUACCUGUUUCUGUGCAGCCUGUUUGUAAAUGAACUGUAUGGUAGUACAGGGUUGUUUCCAUUCCUUCUGCUUCAGAUCCUCUCUGACAUUCACACUGUUUCUGUUUCCUUUUGUUUCCUGCAGAUUUUCUGUUUGUACUCAUAUGGAAGUAUAGAAUUUUUUAAUUUAGCCAUCAUGUCUUUUGACAGAUACCUUGCUAUCUGUUAUCCUCUACAAUAUAACACACGUAUGACAUUUAAGAGGGUCGCCACACUUAUUGCAGUAACAUGGCUUGCUCCUUUUCUUGUGCAAGUUGGCACAAUAUCCUUGAGCUCCUCUUUACAGCUGUGUGGAAACAUCAUAAACAAAGUGGCCUGUGAUAACUACUUUAUCGUGAAACUGGCCUGCUCUGACACCACAGUAAAUAACAUUUAUGGACUCAUUACCACUGCACUCAUAGUUUUUACACCUGGAUUUUUAAUCCUUUACACUUACGUCAGGAUUCUAAAAGUUUGUUUUUCUGGUUCUAAACAGACCAGACAAAAAGCUGUCAGUACCUGCACACCUCACCUUGCUUCUCUAAUCAACUUUUCUUUUGGUUGUUUCUUUGAAAUCAUACAGAGCAGGUUUAACAUGGACAAUGUACCUAAUAUGUUGAGAAUAAUUUUAUCCUUAUAUUUUAUAACAUGUCAGCCACUCUUCAGCCCUGUACUGUACGGACUGAAAAUGUCUAAAAUUCGUAAUUUAUGUAAAAGUGUGUUCUGUUGGAAAGAGUAGAUCUAUAUAUUUGUGAUAUUUAUCCAGCUUGACUAAGAAGAAAAAAACAAAUGGAUGCACUGACUCCACUGUUCUACUGUCACCUGUACGGUUGAGUGUAGUUCACUAUGUAACACAAAGACAUUUCAAUAUAAGAUCACUGUAAUUCAGACACCAAAGAGGGCUGAUGUAUUCACUAUGAUUUCAGAUAAUGUGGAUCACCUUUGAUUUCCAUUGUUACCAAAGUUUAUGAAUGUUGAGCUGAAUCUCAUAAAAACACAACUGCUUUUCAAUCCAGUUUGUGUUAAAGAAA